AUGAGUUCAGUAGAAUUUUCAAAUCAACCAGUUGUCAUAGAUAAUGGUUCAGGUGUUAUUAAAGCAGGUUUUGCAGGUCAAGACCCACCAUCACAUAUUUUUCAAUCAUUGGUUGGUAAUCCAAAAUAUAAAAAGGUUAUGGGUUUAAAUAUUGAAAACGAAUCAACUUAUUUUGUUGGUGAUAGAAUUAAUGACUUUAGAGGUAUUUUGAAAUUAAAACAUCCAAUGGAUCAUGGUAUUGUUUCAGAUUGGGGUGAUAUGGAAAGAGUUUGGAGCUAUACUUAUGAUUUAUUAAAAAUUCAAUCAUCUGAACAUCCAGUUUUAUUAACUGAUGUACCACACAAUCCAAAAUUACAUAGAGAAAGAGCAGCACAAUCAUUUUUUGAAACUUAUAAUGCACCAGCAAUUUAUUUUUCAAUUCCAGCAGUUUUAAGUUUAUAUGCAAGUGGUAGAACUACAGGUAUUGUUUUAGAUUCUGGUGAUGGUGUCACCCAUACAGUACCAGUUUUCGAAGGUUUUGCUUUACCACAUGCUAUCACUCGUAUUGAUAUUGCUGGUAGAGAUAUUACAGAGUAUUUACAAUUCUUAUUAAGAAGAUCAGGAUAUAAUUUCAAAACUUCAGCUGAAAAAGAAUUAGUUAGAUCAAUUAAAGAAAAAACAUGUUAUGUUGCACAUGAUCCACAAAAAGAAGAGGAAUUAUUAGAACCAGAUUCAUCAUCAUCUAAACCAGUUCAACCACAAUACACCCUCCCAGAUGGAAAUGUAAUCGAAUUAGGCGCUGAACGUUUCCGUGCUCCAGAAAUUUUAUUCCAUCCAGAUAUCAUUGGUGAUGAAUCAUUGGGUAUUCAUCAAUGUUUAGAUAUGUCAAUUAGAAAAAGUGAUAUCGAUCUUAGAAAAACUUUUUAUUCAAAUAUUAUUUUAGGUGGUGGUUCAACUUUAUUCCAAGGUUUUGGUGAUCGUUUAUUAAACGAAGUUAAAAGAUUAGCUCCAAAAGAUAUUAAAAUUAAAAUUACUGCCCCACCAGAACGUAAAUAUUCUGCAUGGAUGGGUGGUUCCAUUUUAGCUUCAUUAUCCACAUUCAAAGACUUGUAUGUCACUGCUCAAGAAUAUGACGAAGAAGGUGCCAAUGUCUUACACAGAAAGAUUUUAUAA